AACAAUGGAGCCAAAGACAUUCUUCUGGUACUUCAAACCCAUCGCUCUGAUUUGCAAAGCUGUGGGAAUCUUUCCGUUGCAAAACCUGGGGGCGAAGCACCCCAAAGAACUGCGCGGUCCGUUCCUAAGCUUCGCCCAGUUGUACAGCUUCGGUGUCUUCGCCUUCAACAUUUACAUGAUUUGGUACUUCUCUGGAUUCAUGUUUACGACGCAAAAUUCGUUCUAUUUGUUUUCUGUGGUGUACGUGAUGAUCUUCCGGUCUAUUUUCUGCUUCGUUUUCUGUGCUAGACACUCGAAGAAAUUGCCCAAAUUAAUCCAACUGUUGGAUCUCUUCGACCGGAAAAAACGCCCGAUUUUAGUUGACCCGAAAUCGUCUUAUUGUUUUUGCUAUUUCUUCACUUGGACUAUCCUCCCGAUUGUUAUCGGUUUUGUCACAAUUGCCUUUUCGUUUUAUGAAUCCAUGAAUGUGGUUUUGGAGACAAUGCCGCCAGAGAUGAGCGUUCUGCAGACGAAAUUGUCGGCGUGUUUUUUCGGGUGUUUGGCCACUUGGCAAGUGCUGCCGCUCCUGCUCUACAUCUAUUUCGCCUUCAGGAUCACUUACGAUUACCGAAUUUUGAACAAAACUAUGAAGACACAAUGCCAUGGUUGCUGCUUCUUGUCCGAAGAAAUAAAGUAUUCGAGUGAUUUUAACGAAACUUUGGAAUACGUCCGACAAAUGCACAACUUGCUGACCAAAGCUGUGGAGGAAAUGGGCAAGUGUUACGGGAACUUUAUGGCAAUUGAUCAGUUGUGUCUCAUCGUUAUGGUCAUUGCGAAUAUUUGUACAUUUAUCAGUAAUAAUGGCACGCACGAAAUACACUUGUUGGCUAUCACUUUUUUCAAUCUUUGGGUCGUCGUUUGGGUACUUGUGAUUUCAAACGAAAUUAAAGAAGCGGGAAAUAAAGUAAUCUACGUCUUGCGCGCAAUUGUGCUGUCAGGCGUCGACGAACGCGCGCGAAUCGAGAUUCAAACAUUUAUGAUGCAACUUGUGGCCCAACCAGUCGAGGUUUCCGCAGCCGGUUAUUUCAUCAUCGACAAACGCCAAAUCCCGUCGGUGUUGUCAUCAAUCGCCACAUAUCUGGUCGUCUCGCUCCAGUUUAUACAAGAGGGUGAAAGUAAGUUUGCAUCAAAAUAUUUUUUGCAAAUUAUCUGUUUUCCAGGGCAAGCAAGUAACACAACAAACAGCACCUCAAUUUGAAUCUACUCUGGGUUAUCCUCAGUUAUCAAAUUACAAUCUUCAUCCAAAGCAACGAAAUAGGUGGAGACCGGUUUUUUUCGUCCUUUUACUUCAACUUCCCCUCGAUAUUUGCACACAUAUUUGAAGCUUUUGAUGAUUUCGGCCGUCGGUUUUAGCACUUGGAUAUGGUCUACGAGUCCUGUGGUGUCCAUUCGAGAUGCCAUGUUUACAGGAUCACCCCAUAUGUCGUAGAAGGGUUUUUUCGAACCCACCACGCCAGCAGCAAUGUAACCGUGAGAUAUUCCUAUGUAAUAAAUAAACUUUUAUGUUUACGUGAA